AUGAGGAACCGUAUCAAAGAAACUGGCUAUAGCAACAGCUGUUUGUUGUCAUGGAGCAGUGUUAUUGGAAUGAUCCAUGUGAGAGCCCUGCCUGGAACACCUCUUCAUAGUCUGCACAUGGACAAAGUUGUGGAGACAGCCUGCAGUGAAGCAGACACAUAUACUAAAUGUGAUGUGGACGGUCUGCUGGUGGAGAACAUGCACGACCUGCCGUACAUGUGCGGAGCUCAGCUGGGACCGGAGAUCACUGCGUGCAUGACGCGCGUGGCGGCCGAGGUGCGUCGCAGGGUGCCUGCCGCCAAGCCCGUUGGCGUUCAGGUGCUGGCGGCCGGCAAUCGGCAGGCACUGGCCGUGGCCCUGGCGGCCGGUCUGCAGUUCGUGCGCGCGGAGGGCCUGGUGUACGCGCACGUGGGCACGAGGGGCUGGAUGGACGCCUGCGCCGGGCCGCUGAUGCGGUACCGCCGCCACCUGGCCGCCGACCACAUCAGCGUCUGGGCCGACGUCAAGAAGAAGCACAGCUCUCACGCGGUGACCGCCGACCUGUCUGUGGGGGACACGGCACGCGCGGCCCAGUUCUUCUUGGCUGACGGCGUGGUCGUGACGGGCGGCAGCACGGGCGAGCCGGCCAGCCCCGACCACGUGUCAGAGGUGCGCGCGGCCUGCGAGUUGCCCGUGCUGGUCGGCUCCGGUGUGACGGCGGAGAACGUGGCCUCGUUCGCCGCCGCCCACGGCCUCAUCGUCGGCUCCGAGUUCAAGCACGACGCCAGGUGGAGUGAGCCGCUCUCCGAGAAGAGGAUCCGCCGCUUCAUGGAGGCCGUGCGCGCAGUUCGAGCGACCUCUUGAGCCCACCAGCUGUCUCCGGCCGCUGCCCUCACGCCGCCCGGUCAGCUGCCGUCCGUCCUGACGCCGCCGCCAUGCCGCUCGACCGGCACGACUGUCUGGCGCUGCUAGCGCAGCUGG